AUGAUGUCCUAUUUAAAACAAAGAGUUGAUCCCAACGUCGAAAUGGGUUCGGCUGUGUGGAUUUCUGCUAUUGCUUUGUCAAUGCAGGGUGUGUCUAUGCCUAUUGGUGGCGCCUUAUUGCCAUUUAUGGGUUACCGUGCUAUUGUCAUUCUUGGUUGUAUAAUAAACAGUGGCAGCGUAUUUUUAACAUACUUUACAAUUCAAAAGGGCUUCAUCUACGUUGUCCUCACUUAUGCUGUCACUCUCGGAUUUGGUUUCGGAUUUUCUUACGCUAUCAUUUUUUCGGUUGCUGGAUCGUGGUUUCCGAAACAACGAACACUUAUUACUGGUAUGAUUGUUGGUGGUUUUGGACUUGGAGCUCUUGUAUUUACGCCCAUUCAAACUGUAUAUAUUAACCCAAAUAACCUAAUGGUGAAUAAUGAAACCAAGCUGUUUGAUAAUUCAGAAUUACUUGAUAAAGUUCCAAUGGCUUUUCUAGUUCUCGGUGGUUCACUUGCAGCCCUUCAACUGAUCGGUAUUCUCCUCUUAAACGAAAAACCAGAACCGAAUAAGAUAGGGGAUGGUAAGAAUGCAAAACAGGAGGAGGGAAAUGAAAUAAAAUCUUUGGUUUACGGAGAUGCUGAAAGCAAUGCUGCUAAAACUACAGCACAAGGCGAAGCAGAGGAUGGGGAGGACAUUCUGGUUGCGAUGGGGAGCCGUCGUUCACUUUCAAUCGCCCACUCUCAUAUCGGUCCAAUUUCCCCUCCUAAGAAAGAAAAAAUUUCAAUUGUCAUCCCACAGUAA